AUGAACCGAGCGAAUCAUGAGUGGGCCUUCCAACGUUUUCUUCAAGAGGCUCAAGAAGGAUCUUCUCCUCAACAAUCUUCUUCGGCGGCUGCUGCUGCUUGUGCUGACACCAAAAACGACACUGCGUUGAGAUCAAUAAUCCUCACGAUUGUUUUUGCUGUAUUGCUUCAUCAUCUUCCGGACAUUCCUCUCCUUGAAGUAAAUGGUUGGAUAUGUAGUUCCUGGUUUCCUGAUAGACGCCCUGUGGGAGCUUUUGUAAGACCUCAAGAUUCUUCUGCGAGAGCUGACAGUGGAUCACAGGCUUCCAAUACAUCACAACCAGGAUCUCAUGCUCCUUCCAAUGGAGCUGCAUUGUCUAGGUCCCAAGAUAAGGAUUCUAAUGGAUUUAAUGGAAUCCCCUCGUCAACCACCCAGACGAAAAAUGCUGCACCAAUGAAGUCAGCAACCAGUGGGUCAUCAAGAGAACAGUCCGAAGAUGAUGAAAUUGAUGGAGAAACUGAAAUAACUGAGAAUAUGGACCCUGCUGAUGUAAAACGUGUUAGGAGAAUGCUUUCCAAUAGAGAGUCUGCUAGACGCUCCAGGAGAAGAAAGCAGGCCCAUUUGACUGAGCUUGAGACGCAGGUUUCUCAAUUAAGAGUUGAAAAUUCAUCUUUACUGAAGCGUCUCACUGACAUAAGCCAAAAGUACAAUGAAGCAGCAGUUGACAACAGAGUUCUGAAAGCUGAUGUUGAAACAUUAAGAGCGAAGGUGAAGAUGGCUGAGGAGUCAGUUAAGAGAAUUACUGGGUUGAACCCUAUGUUCCAUGGCAUGUCGGAAGUAUCCACAAUGAGUCUGCCAUCAUUUGGUGGAAGCCCUUCUGAUACAUCAACAGAUGCUGCUGUUCCUGUGCAAGAUGACUCAGAUCAUCACUUCUUUCAUGCCCCAGAUCAUAUGUCUACUCAUGACCGGAGUCUCAACAAUGCUUUGACAGACAUUUCUUCUGCUGAAAACGUGCAAUCGAAUGGUGGAGCAGCAUCCCUGUCGGGGAAUAAGAUAGGAAGAACUGUUUCCAUGCAGCGAGUUGCUAGCUUGGAGCAUCUACAAAAGAGAAUUCGUGGGGGGGUAAGUCCUCAUGCACAUGGGUCCAGUGGAGAACAGUAGUAAUAAAAAGCAGACCCAUGUCUAAAUAAGGUUAUUGUUGAAGAGUGAUUCAAUUGCAGUUUUAUUUUAGGUUUUAAACUGUAUGUAAGAACUCUAAUUCUUAUAAGUAAAGUACUUUUGGUCAGAAUGCUAUAUUAA